AGAAUGAUUCUCCAGCUCAGGGAGGUAGAAACGGUAUAUUAUCCUUCGAAGAUAUCGAUUUUGUUCCUUUAGCUAAGUUAAGUUUGCAAAUAAAUAAAUUUAGCCUUUAGUUAAAAAAAAAAAAUGGCUGAAAACAGUGAAAGGCUGGAGAGUAGAGAAGAUGAUCUGAAGAGGCGUGCCCAAGAGGAAUUGCAGUCUCCAACAUUUACGCCAACAAAACUGAAAUUUCCAAAUCACAUCCACUCAGGAAUGGAUGAAAAAUUCCAGCAAUUGGCAGACACCAUUUUCAGCAGAGGCACUGAUGUAAGCGGAACAAGUCUUGGGUCAGCCCCUUAUGAGAUCCCAGAGUAUCCCAUAGAAGAGAAUGAGAGGAAAUUUUACUUUGAAAAACAACUUAGUUCAAGUCAGCGCCAUCGUCCUAGAUUUUUUAACUCUGGUGACCAAACUUCCACAGAUCAUGAAAGAAAUAACUCCAGUUCUCUUUCCAAAGCAAAUGUCAUGGACAGUGACAUUUACCAGAGGAUGUCCUCUACUGAUAUGUAUGAUGAGAUCCCAGAGGUUAAAGAGGAAUAUGACCUGGCACCUGACUUUCAAAGAAUUCUCAUAGCGGGCCAAGAAAUCAGUGGGGUGCCUAUGCAAGACUUGAAGGAAGCAUCUAAAAGUUUAGUCAAUGCUCUGAUGAUUCGAGAGAAGUACAUGGCUAUGUCCCACCAGUCAUUUCCUAAGAUCACUGCCCGCUUCCUGCAGAAUCUAGAGGACAAUGAGGAAUUUCAGGGGAUGAAGGAGGGGUAUGGGAAGGGGUCAGAUCGGGAUGGACUAAUACCGUACUAUGAUCGUACAGUUUCUGACCAUCCAUUCCAUCCUCCAAAGAAUGAAGAUCCGUUUGAUAUGGAGGUACCUACAGGGGUGGAGUGUUGCUUGAAAAUGGUUCAGGGUUUAGUGUAUGUGUACGAGAACGAAGAAGCAAUGGAGAAGGGCACUCCUCUGGAACUUCCGUAUGUCCACCCAAAGACUUUCUUGGCAGACCAGAACAUUAUGUAUGCUCUCAUCAGUGAUGGGCCCCUGAAAUCCUUUUGUUAUCGGAGAUUGAGCUAUCUGUCCUCAAAAUAUCAGCUUCAUACUCUUAUGAAUGAGCUGAAAGAAUCAGCUGCCCAGAAAGAGGUUCCACAUAGGGAUUUUUACAAUAUCAGGAAGGUGGAUACUCAUGUUCAUGCUUCGUCUUGUAUGAAUCAGAAACAUUUAUUGAGAUUUAUCAAGAAAAUGAUGAAGACACGCCAAGAUGAUGUGGUCUGCAAAGACAAAAAGACAGGAAAGGAAAUGACUCUUUCAGAGGUUUGCAAGAGUAUGAAUUUAUCCUCCUUUAAACUAAGUGUGGACAUUCUUGAUGUUCAUGCUGUUUUUGACAGCAUGGAGCUCAGGACUUAUGACCUCAGUGUUGACAAACUUGAUGUGCAUGCGGACCGCAAUACUUUCCACCGAUUUGACAAGUUUAAUGCCAAGUACAAUCCGAUAGGAGAAAGCAGACUGCGAGAAAUUUUUAUCAAAACUGAUAAUUACAUCAACGGCAGAUACUUUGGUCAUGUGAUCAAAGAAGUAAUGGAAGAUUUAGAGGAAAGCAAGUAUCAAAAUGCGGAGUAUCGUCUGUCUGUUUAUGGACGAUCUCGAGACGAGUGGGACAAACUCGCCCUCUGGGCCAUCAAUCACAAAGUCUACUCAGACAACGUCAGAUGGAUGAUUCAGAUUCCCAGGCUUUAUGAUAUCUACAAGAGUGCGAAGAUUGUGAAGAAUUUCCAGGAAAUCCUAGAAAAUAUUUUCAUACCCCUUUUUGAGGUAACCCGAAACCCGCAGUCACAUCCAGAGUUACACAAGUUCCUCAUGUAUGUCAGUGGAUUUGAUUCUGUAGAUGAUGAGUCGAAGACAGAACACAUAAAGUUUGACCUGGACACUCCCCUCCCAGAGGACUGGAGCCAGGACGAGAACCCACCGUACAGUUACUAUCUCUAUUUUAUGUAUGCCAACAUCACAGUCCUCAACCAGUUCAGAAGGGAGCGGGGAUUCCCAACCUUCACUUUGCGACCACACUGUGGAGAAGCUGGCAAUGUCACUCACUUGGUAGCAGGUUUUAUGUUGGCAGAGAACAUCUCUCAUGGUCUGGUUCUCAGGAAGGUCCCUGUGUUGCAAUAUCUGUACUACUUGGCACAUAUUGGCAUAGCCAUGUCACCACUAAGCAACAAUUCACUGUUUCUCAACUAUCACCGAAAUCCACUGCCAGAGUACUUCGCUAGAGGCCUCAAUGUGUCCCUCUCCACCGAUGAUCCACUGCAGUUCCACUUCACAAAGGAAGCGCUGAUGGAAGAGUACAGUAUAGCGGCUCAGGUGUGGAAGCUGUCUACAUGUGAUAUGUGUGAGAUUGCCAGAAACAGUGUGCUGCAGAGCGGAUUCGAGCACGAGGUGAAACGACAUUGGUUAGGACCAAAUUAUACAAAGGAAGGUGUGGCAGGAAAUGAUGUCAGCCGUACAAAUGUUCCAGACAUCCGUGUGGCAUAUAGAUACGAGACCCUGGUAGAAGAGCUGAAGUGUAUCUGCCGCGGUGCUAAACUGUAUGACGAGUCCAUGGAGUCGGUGUCCAGUAAAAGCUAAUUAUGUCAGUUUCUCACCCCCUCACUUCUUGCUGUGGGACAUUGUGACUUGCCAGAGGAACUGAAAACAUAAUAGUAUUUAAUUGUUAUUCUUUGACAAAUUUUAUCAAGUUUGGUAUUUACAUUUUAGCAUGGUUAUGAAUUUGUCUUGAACUGUUUGUUGCAUAUUGCAAACAAUAUAUGUACCGGUAAUCUAUUUGUUUACAAAUCUCUUUAUCCUUCAAUAGCUAGAGGUUCACUGUUAAGAAUAAGAAAUGAUAUUUGCUUCACACUAUUAAUAUGAUAGGUUAGUUUUUGUUUGUAUUAUUAUUAUCACUUUAUUGUAGCCCUGCAAACAAAAAUUAGGGGCAUAUAGGAAUCACCUCGUCCAUCUGCCUGUCCAGGUGAAAAGUUUAAAAAUGUGUUAUUCAAUUGCUGAAAUUGAAUUUAUAGACAAAGAUAAUUUCCAGUGAUGGGGGGGGGGGGGGGUCAAAGGUUAUGGGUCAAGCAUACUAGAUGCUGAUCUAGGAAAACAGUUUUUGGGCUUUAAAUAGUUUUCAAUCACACUUGGGAGGGGGGUGGGGUGGGGUGUCACCAAACUUAACACACUCAUCAUGGGAUUUUAGGGUUGAAAUGUCAUGCGAACCACGCUCUUGAGGAAGAAAAUGGGUUCUGGGCCAUAAGUUAUUUCCCUUAUUCUUAAAAUUGCCAUACUGUAAAGGAUGAAGAUGACCGAUAUCAAUUUUGCAGUAUACCCAGUGGGUGUGUCCUGUGGAGGGUAUUUGUCCUGUUAGGACAGCUUGAGUUCAUUCAGUUCACUUUGGUUUAGAAAGCAAUCAAAGUCUGUGUGUGCAAUAAUCCAAUUUUUACUGAUGUAUCCUCUAUGUUUGAAGAUCUUGCAUGUGCUUUAAGAUGUAGUGACUAUUUCUGGUGUACGUUGUAUUAUUUCUGACCGUGAUAUGUUUGAUUUAAUGAUAUUUACUUUGUUCAUUUGUAUAUUGCUAUUUAUUUGUAAUUAAUUGAAUAGAUGUUAAUGUGUACAUCAUGUGUUUAUGCUAGUCCUUGUUGAUCAUUUUGAAGCAUUCCUGUCUCCCACAUUUUACCUUGAAGACUGUUUCUUUAAAAAAAUAUUUACAAUGUAGUAUCUUUUGAACUGUUGUUUUAUUUAAAAAGCCUGUGUUUUAAUGUGAUGUAUAUGGUGAAAAUAUAUGCUUGUAACAUCAAAUCUACCAUCUCUGUCAAUGGACUCUGUAUUAGAUAUGUUAGAAUGAAGAUUGAUUUGAGGAAAAGAAUCGUGGUAAAGUGAAACCUGUCUAAUCUGGACAUGCAGAAAACUUGUGUUGGAUCACAUUAAAUUGCUCUCUGCACGUAGAAAAAAGAGAAUUGGGAACAAAAAAUUCGGGAAACAGUUGUCGGAUUAGACAGGGUUGACUGAAUAUAUAUUACUUUCAAUUAUUGCAGUAGUUGUAGUUUUUUAUAAUAUUGAUUUCAUCAAAUGAAACUAUUGAAUGACUGUUUUAUGUAAAAUAAGGAGAGCUCCUAGAUUUCAUACCUCCAUAUUUCAAAUGGUUUCUUUUUCAGAUCUGGAUUUCUCCCAAAAUUUUGUCUAAUCACAUACUGCCAGUCAUCAAGCCCAUCUUUUUUAAAUGGUAAAAUUACCAUAGUUUUCACUUUUUGCUGCUAAUAAUUGCUUAAUGUGCAAUAUAUGUCAUAGUAUUUUUGUUGCAUUUUUUAAAGACAACAUUUCUUCAGGGAAUUUUUUUUAUAUGUUACAAUAAUGUAACUACCAUAUAUGUCUUCCUGUAAUUGAGGGCAUUCUGGGUAGAACAAACACGGGAACUUGCAACAUACAGUUGGACUUCAUUAUCUUGAACACUGAUAUCUCAAAUACUAUGGAUAUAUCAAAGUGAUUCAGAAGUCCCAACCACUUCUUCUCUAAGUAUCUUGAAUCCUCGAAAGUUUUUUCUCAGUUCCAUCGACUGUGAGAUAACGAGGUUUGACUGUAUAUUUACAAUAUUGAGAUGUAUAACAAGGUUUGACUGUAUAUGUACAAUAUUGAGAUGUAUAAUGAGGUUUGACUGUAUAUGUACAAUAUUGAGAUGUAUAACGAGGUUUGACUGUAUAUGUACAAUAUUGAGAUGUAUAACGAGGUUUGACUGUAUAUGUACAAUAUUGAGAUAUACAUGUACUUGUCACAUAUCCAUGAAGUUACUCUAUGACUCGAGUUGUUAAUGUAAGUGACAAGUCCCUGUGGAACAAUAUAAAAUGUUAAACAGGAUAUAAUUAACAUACUGUACUAAAUGCAUAGUGAAAAACUAAUAGCUUCACUAUCUUACAUGCAAUACAAAGAAUGGGCAUUAUUUUGAUACAAGAUUUCCAUUUAAUAUCAUCAUAAAGUACAGACUAUAAAUAUCUCUCUCUCUCUCUCUCUCUCUCUCUCUCUCUCUCUCUCUCUCUCUAUAUAUAUAUAUAUAUAUUAUGCUUGUAUGUGUGGAUGUCAUCAUCACAUGUAGUGACAUAUGCAAUGUGCAGUUACACUCGCAUUAACUUGCAGUAUGUUUUCCUAUCACGUGGUGCUCAGAUAUUCUUUAUGUGUAACAUAUAAGUAGUUCGACAGCCAACUAGUGAGCACAGAAACUGACUGUGAUGAAGAAGCAUGGCGGUAUGUAAACCUUCCUCAAAUGUGGAAGGUGAUUUAUGGAGUGCAAAUUUAGGAGAGAGAGAGAAUAUUAAAUGACAUGUUAAUGAGGAAGACUGUAUAUGUAAGAUAACUCUUUACAUGAUAACCUGAACAAAUUCAAGUUGAUAAAUUUAGCAUAAGAUUCUAAAAAACAUUGUUUAUUUGGAUAUGGAUUUUUAGCAUGCAAGAGUUCAUGCUUGAAGCAUCAUUUAAUUUUGUGUUCUGUAGCUGUCUUAUUAAACAGACUUUGAAGCAAG